AUUUUGCUAUAAAGCUACACUUACACUUGUGCAGAAAGUGCAAUAACUAAACCUAAACCCCAGAAAAUGGACAUUCCCUGCAUCUCGGCUUUGAUUUCUUUUGUCAUUGCAACUGCAUUUUCUCUCUCCUACAUUUUCCAUCUUCUUAGGAAUAACAACCUCAAAUCUAUCACAAGUAUAUCACUAAAAAAACACCCUGAAACAUCAACUACUAAAACUACUAGUAUUAGUACAACUACAACUGCUAGUUGUACAACUAGUUCAAUACUUCCUUUAGGUACCAAUGGAUGGCCAAUCCUCGGCGAAACCAUGGAGUUUAUCUCUUGUGCAUAUUCAGAUCAUCCUGAGAGCUUCAUGGAGAAACGACGUCGUCUGUAUGGUAAGGUAUUCAAGUCUCACAUAUUUGGGAAACAAACCAUAAUAUCAACAGAUGCAGAGGUGAACAAGUUUAUAUUACUAAGUGAUGCAAAAUUGUUUGUACCAUCUUAUCCAAAAUCAUUAACAGAAUUAAUGGGAAAGUCUUCAAUUCUUUUAAUUAAUGGAAGUUUGCAAAGAAGAAUUCAUGGACUUCUUGGCUCCUUCUUCAAAUCAUCACAUCUUAAAGCUCAAGUCACUAGAGACAUGCAGAGUUAUGUUCAACAAGCUAUGGAUAGAUGGGAUGAUAACAUUAACUCCCCCAUUUUCAUCCAAGAUGAAGCCAAACAAAUUGCUUUUCAAGUGCUGGUAAAAGCAUUGAUUAGUCUGGAUCCAGGGAAGGAAAUGCAGCUCUUAAAAAAGCAAUUUCAAGAGUUUGUUUCAGGGCUAAUGUCUUUGCCAAUUAAUUUGCCUGGAACUCAACUUUAUCGAUCAUUACAGGCAAAGAAGGAAAUGGUGAAGUUAGUGAAGAAAAUAAUAAUCAGUAAAAGGAAUAAUAUGGUCCCAGAAGCAGCAGACCCAAAUGAUGUGUUAGAUGUUCUGUUAAGUGACCAAAGUGGACAAUUAACAGAUGAUCUAAUGUCUGAUAAUAUGAUUGAUAUGAUGAUACCAGGGGAAGAUUCUGUCCCACUUCUAAUUACUCUUGCUAUAAAAUACUUAUCAGAUUCUCCAUUAAUCCUCCAAAAAUUGACUGAAGAGAAUAUGAAAGUGCAUAGGCUGAAGUUAGAGCUAGGGGAGCCCAUGAUUUGGAGUGAUUACCUUUCACUGCCUUUCACACAAAUGGUAAUUACAGAAACUUUGAGGAUGGGAAAUAUAAUCACGGGAUUGAUGAGAAAAGCUAUGAAAGACGUGGAGAUAAAGGGCUAUUUGAUACCAAAGGGAUCGUGUGUGCUUACGUAUCUUAGAUCAGUUCACCUUGAUCAAAAUCUUUAUGACUCGCCUUACCAAUUCAACCCUUGUAGAUGGCAGCACAAAGAUAUAAAUAGUAGUAGCUUCACCCCUUUUGGUGGUGGACAACGACUUUGCCCUGGGUUAGAUUUGGCUAGAUUGGAAGCCUCCAUUUUUCUCCAUCAUUUUGUUACACGAUUCAGAUGGGAGGCUGAGGAUGAUUCCAUUGUCCAUUUUCCAACAGUAAGAAUGAAAAAGGGAAUGCCAGUUUGGGUCAAAAGGAGAAGAGAUGACCCUUAAUUUUGAGGGUACAUGUCCUAAACAAAUAUGGACUCUUUCAAUGCCAACUUUUUUCCUCACUCUUAUGCAAUCAACACUAUUUUUAGACGAUAAUCAUGCAAACAUACAAAUUUUUCCUGCAGUUGCACACGUGUGGCUGGCCUUCACUCGCCUGACAAAUUUGUCCUUCUAUAAAUUGACAAAUUUGUCCUUCUAUAAAUAUAUACUUUUAAUUUAUUUUAGGAAGGGUGGGUUAAUAGUUAUCCAUAGAGAUUUGGUAUUUUUGUACGAAAUAUGUCAUUUUGUAUCAUAAUUUUUGUUUUCUUAUGUUAAUAUGUGAAGGAAUAUGCAUGGUAUAUAGAAGAAAUUGUAUCUACGUCUAGGUUAAAAGUGUUAACAGUAGUACUUCGUAUUUAUUUUUAUAGACUGGAAAUUUGAAUUAUGUUGAUCUUAAUGAACAACUUGGUUAUCAUUGAAAAGUAAGCGAUGUCAUUAUGAAAGUAACACUCUCAGCAUUAUUCCAAUUCUCUAAAAAAAAAAAAAAAAAAAAAAAAAAAAAAAAAAAACAUAUAUUAUAGGGUGAGCAAACAAGGUAAUACUUACUAUAACGUUUUAUAUAUAUGAUCAAUUAAGGCAAGAAAAAAGCUACACGUACACUUUAGCUAAUGAUAAACCAUGCUUCAACAUAUCUUCAUUAUGGCCUAAACCUUUGGAAGUGAUUAAUAAGUAAAAUCAUACCUUCAUUUUCCUACCGCCUAUCAAUUUCGGGACCUUCAUUUUAUUACUGGCUAUGAUUUCCAUAUCUCUUCAAUACCUAGAGGAUUUAGUUUCCGAGGCCCUUCAUUGCCUAACAUUAUA